GGAGUCGACUUUCACUCCACUGGCAACAUUAGCGCUGGUAUUCAUAUGGACCGACGACUCCCCCCCGAACUCGAAAGAGAGGUUUUUGAGACUGCGGCGCUGCUUCACCGCGGGACAAUCCCUCACAUGCUGCGCGUUGCUCGGCGUGUUCUCGUAUGGAUCGAGCCUUACCUCUACCACGAUCUCGAGCUGGGAAUGGUCGUCUCCAAAGACGCCAACCGUCUUCUGCAGGUGAUAUUGGCCAAGGACGACGCCUUCCCCGCCCAUGCUGUGCGCUCCGUCGUCCUCGGCGCAUAUUUCGCGGAUCAGCUACCGGCACUGCCCGCCGCUGUCCGGAGUGCACUGACGCGCAUGACGGGCGUCGUCCGCCUCGCGAUAGCGGGGAUUUGGGGCGACCACAGCGCGGAGAUAUUCUCGCUCGUCGCGGACAUGCCCCUGCAGCGGCUGGCGUGCUACAUGGAGGACCUCCUUGGGCCCGCGGCGCUGAUGCACACCGCCCCCCGCCACACUCGCCGCCCGCCCCAUCUUUCGCCGCCUGACCCACUUCCACGUCUUCGACGACGACGCGGACUCCGGGCUCUAUGGCACCGUCCUCGCGGUCCUCACACAGCUCCCGGCGCUAACCCACUUGACGCUGACCUACCACCAGGCAGUCGGGGAGGAUGA